AUGAUGAACGGACAGAUUAAUGGUUUUCAUAACUCCCUCAUUGACGAGGACUGCUUCUUGUUCACCUCGGAGUCCGUCGGAGAAGGACAUCCCGACAAAAUCUGUGACCAGAUAAGCGAUGCCGUUUUGGACGCCCAUCUGAAGCAGGAUCCAGAUGCCAAAGUUGCAUGUGAGACCAUUGCCAAGACUGGGAUGAUCCUACUGGCAGGUGAGAUUACCUCACGGGCAACGGUGGAUUACCAGAAAAUUGUUCGUGACACUAUCCGCCAAAUUGGAUAUGACGACUCCUCCAAAGGUUUUGACUACAAGACCUGCAAUGUUCUUGUGGCGCUGGAGCAGCAGUCUCCUGACAUUGCUCAGGGUGUUCACAUUGAUCGCAAUGAGGAGGACAUCGGGGCUGGGGAUCAGGGUUUGAUGUUUGGAUAUGCCACUGAUGAGACUGAGGAGUGCAUGCCUCUCACAAUCGUUCUUGCCCACAAACUGAAUGCCAAGAUGGCUGAACUGCGCCGCAAUGGCACCCUUCCAUGGCUCCGACCAGACUCAAAGACACAGGUUACUGUACAAUAUCGCCAGGACCGCGGUGCCAUGCUGCCAGUGCGUGUGCACACUAUUGUCAUCUCUGUCCAGCACGAUGAGGAUAUUUGCUUGGAGGAGAUGAGAGAUGCUCUGAAGGAGAAGGUCAUCAAGGCGGUUGUUCCCUGCAUUUACUUGGAUGAUGACACCAUCUACCACCUGCAGCCCAGUGGUCGUUUUGUUAUUGGAGGUCCACAGGGAGAUGCUGGCCUCACCGGACGUAAGAUCAUUGUAGACACUUACGGAGGCUGGGGAGCCCAUGGUGGCGGAGCCUUCUCUGGGAAGGAUUACACAAAGGUGGAUCGCUCUGCUGCUUAUGCAGCACGCUGGGUGGCCAAGUCCCUGGUGAAAGCUGAGCUUUGCAGGAGGGUGCUGGUCCAGGUGUCGUAUGCCAUUGGAGUUGCCCACCCCCUCUCGAUUUCUAUCUUCCACUAUGGGACAUCCCACAAGAGUGAGAGGGAGCUACUUGACAUCGUGAAGAAGAACUUUGAUCUCCGGCCUGGAGUCAUCGUCAGGGAUCUGGAUCUGAAGAAACCCUUGUAUCAGAGGACCGCAGCCUACGGCCACUUUGGCCGAGACUCCUUCCCUUGGGAGGUCCCCAAAAAACUCAAAUACUAAACCUGUUAAGCUUUUACCCCCAGGCUUGUUGGUGUAUACUACAGAGAAGCCUCCAAGGUUCCGGGGGUGAAAUGCCCUUUUCUCUCAUAUUGGUACCAUUUAACACAUUAACCGCUUUCCUCACUCCACCUCCAUUUUUUGUCUUGUUACUGUUUUUCUGCUGAUUGCAGUGUCGUGCUGGGUCCCAGGAGGCAUGCCUCAGAAACUUGAUGUUUUAAAGAACUAGAUGAGUUCCAUGAACUCAUGCACCGUAGUACUUACUGUUCUCCCAUGUCUUGAGGUCCCCCCCCCGCUUCGUAUUGUGAUGCGCUGAGUAGCGGCGUUCAGCCCUCAUUUUUGGCAUUCCACACUCAUCACUAUCGUCACUAUCACUGUCAUGGCGGUAGUAUAAUAGGCUUUGUGAUAUUCCUCUUAAUUUACUGGUGCUACAAAUGAGUCUGCAUGACAUCUAAAAGAAAACUAAUUUCAAAGUCCUCUCAAGUGCAUAUUUGGAGUUGUGUGAUCUGGCUGUGCCCCCCUAAAACUGUUAGCUUCUCUCCAUUCCUCCUGUUGUCAGCCUGGUACGGUUGUUCCUUGACCCCCAGUGUUCAUUUAUCCUUUUUGUUAGCUUGUUUUCCGCUUAUCCUUGUGGAGGAUGCUAGAAUGGCACAAUUUAAAAUUCAACGGUUGUUGCUGUUUUCACUAUUUUGAAAAAAAAAUGCUAUGCAUUGCAGGCUAAGGGGCAAGCCAAAUCCUAAUUAUUCAUGCUCUUAAAUGAGCAUUAGGCCUCAGACACCCCUGCAGACCUUUGCUGUUUUCUGACGUAAUACAGAAAAGUCAGAAGCUGCUGUCACUGCUCUGGUCUGCAGAGGUUUUAGUUAUACUUGAAGGUUAUGGAAAAAAAUUGAAUUGCUUAUGCAUUGAAAUUCAAUUUUAAACUAGUCAUUAAAAAAAACCUAGUUUCACUUGAUUAUUUUUUUUGUAUGGUUUGAAGUGACCUAAAGACUCAAUUUCCCUCAAGUAUAUAGAUGGCAGGUGUAGCUACAGAGAAACCUGUUUCAUCUUUGUCCUUAGAGGGGUGUGUUCUUUGCCACAGUCUUAUUGGCUAGGAAUUAAACCUCAACACUAUUUAUUUGUUCUCUGAAACUCGGCGUGGAUACAGAGAAGCCGAAAUUUCAGAAGGCAGCUUUAAACAAACUUGGGUAUUAGGUCUUGACUUUCUUGUGACGUGGUCAUUUUGGUGUUUGGCUUGAGGCUCCAGAGUGUUGUACAGAAAAGCUUUGGACUGCCUCGGCAAGAAAGUGUCACUGGCUAAUUGUAAAUGACUAUUUUACAACCGUUUUUUAUUUUUGGACUGCAGAACUUAUUUUUUUAGGCAGGUUAGUUAUCAAAAAUCCCAUUUUUAAAAUAUCUGGUGCAAUUAUUUUAUUUUUUUUGGCUCAAGCCUAUCCCCGUUACUGUGAUGGCAACAUUUGGUUGGUGUAGUACAGAGAAACCAGCCUUGUUUACAUGUCCAUCUCACGUGUGGGAUAGUUUUGGUUUUGGUCCCCUUUUUUUUUUUUUUUUUUUUUUAAAACUACUCGGAGGUCAUCCCGUUGGCUAUAGUAAGUGUAAGAGUGCCUUUUCUAUUUCCUCUGCUCCCCAUUUGCUUUUCUCCCCACCACCAACAUGCAUUCAACUUCCAAAGGAACACGUAGCUCAUUCUGUAUUAAACUUCAUGUCUGGACUGGGUAGUUUCCUUCUCUGUAAUAAACAACUACACCUCUCAAAUGUC